CCUUGCCUGCCUUCACCUGGCAGAAAUGUAACCUGAGCUGCGUGACACAAAUCACAGCAGUUUACCUUCGGAGAGGAAGAUCCUUGUUCAGGUGUUGCAUGAGGCGGAAAAAAAACACACAGACACACUCAAAAACAAGAUAUCUUUCAGGUCGUUGCUGUAAAAGAGGAUCAGAUUUGGACUGAGCGUUUGCAUGGAUUAUUGUGGGGAAACCUAAAAAAAAGUUACAAUGCCAAGUUUAGGAUCCAAAAAGAGAGAGAAUCUGUCCAGGAUGGACAGACACACUGAGGACCUGCCACAGUUGAGCAACGAGAUGCAGCUGAGCAUCAUGAACAUGGUGAAGAACGGAGAGCUGUCCAUCGAGGACGCGCUCAACCUGGCCAGGAAGGACGAGAAGAAGCUGCUCCAUCAGAAGAGUCUGGCUGAAGAGGAACAGCAGCGCUCGCAGUACAACUUCAGCGUUCACAAGCACAGCCGCUACAGGUGGCAGAAGCGGGUUUUUCAGAUUGAUUUCAAGACCAAAAUGCUGUGCAACAUCGAGAAAGGCAUCAUCAAGCGACAGUUCCCCUUCUCCAAAGUCAAGAGUUGUGAUGAUGGAACAGGUUCGAGGUUCACCAUUUCCUUUAAAGGACACCACGACUACGAGUUGGAAGCCACUUCACUAGAGGACAAACACAAGAUCAUUCAGCUCAUCAAUCAAAUCAUUUACGGGAACAUAUACAGUGACCCUGGAGAGGGAAAUGCAGAAACACUCCAGCAGCCUCAAGCAUCACAGAGCCUUCGGGAAGGCGUCUUGUUGCUCCACCGAGGCGGCCUGGCAUCCUUCAGAUGGGUCAAAUAUGAGGUCAAGCUCCACCCAGGCCAGCUAACUCUGGUCCCCUUCAGGCGACGAGGCCCCGCAGAUGGCGAGGCGCCGCCCACGGUGCCCGUGUCCACCGUGAUUCACCUUUCAGACGGCGACACCAGAGUGUAGAAACCUCCCAACUUCGACACGUUCACUCUGAUCACCCACAAAAAUGAGUACCAGUUCCGGGUGCCUCUACCCGAGCAAACAUCCGACCCUGAGUCCGUCCAGACGGAGCGAGAUGCUUGGGUCCAGGCCAUCCACAAACUGUGUUCGGACUGGAAGAGGAAGUCCAUGGGUGAACACGUGUUCAUGGAAACGAU